CCAAUCUGCCAAUGGUCGCCACAGUUGUUAGUUGAUGGAUCGAUCGAUUGAUUGAAUGACUUAGUUAACAACGCGCGCACACACACACACACACACACACACACACACACACACACACACACACACACACAGAGAGAGAGAGAGAGAGAGAGAGAGAGAGAGAGAGAGANAGAGAGAGAGAGAGAGAGAGAGAGAGAGAGAGAGAGAGAGAGAGAGAGAGAGAGAGAGAGAGAGAGAGAGAGAGAGAGAGAGAGAUGGCGGAAAAGAUACGACCAGGAGUGGUAGCGGGGUUGUUGGCCGGGAAGUCGGAGAGUUCAUCGGAAGAUGGGAAGGAAGGACAUGUGGUCCAGGUUCUAGAGAUAAAACAGUCGGGAUCGUUCGGUAGCGUGCAGAGGUACAUGGCUCAAGUGAACGAUGGAGUGACGAGUGUGAGGGCGAUGCUCCCGUCGACUCUGUCGAGCGAGAUCUCUAGCAAGAAGUUGGAGGACACUGGAUUGAUUAGGAUCAAGGACUUCACGGUAAAUGAGGUGAAUGGUGCAAAGGUGGUCAUGGUGAUUUCCUGCGAGGUGGUGUUGCAAUCGCUUGGGAAGAAAUUCGAGAAGGUGGUUAGCGGAAGCAACAACAUCAGCGUUGGCAACGGUAGCAGCAGCCUCUCGGAGGACAGCUCAAGGUCUAGAGUCGGCGGCGGCGGCGGCGGCGGCGGAGAGGAUCAUGCUGAGAAGAAGAGGAGGUUGUCGGAAACUACGAGCGAACCGAGGUCGGCGUCGAAGAUUGCUAUGGAUCAAAGCAGGGGCUCGACUACACCAAGAACAGGGGCAGGCCGCCGAGUAUACCCAGUCGAUUCGUUGAAUCCAUACCAAGGUCAUUGGACGAUCAAGGUUCAAGUUACGAGCAAGGAAGCCAUGAGGACAUACCGCAAUGCAAGAGGCAGCGGGAACCUCUUCAGCGUGUUGUUUGCGGACGAGGAGGGGACUCAGAUCCAGGCGACAAUGUUCAACGAAGCUGCCGAGAAGUUCUUCCCGAUCCUGCAAGUCGGUAAGGUGUACUACGUAUCUAAAGGCUCAUUGCGGGCGUCGGACAAGAGGUAUCGUUCCGUAAACAACGACUACGAGAUGACGCUGAACGUCUCGUCCGUGGUAGAAGAAGUGGGCGAGGAAGAAGGGGGAAAGAUGCUGAAGGGCGUUCGCACGAUGAAGUACAAAUUUGUCAAGAUCGAUGGGCUUGGCGCUUACGUAGGUUCAAGGGAGCUCGUGGACGUGGUUGGCAUCGUGCAGUCGGUGAGCGAGGUGAUGGGGAUUCGGAGGAAGGCCGACAACGAAGAGCUGUCGAAGCGCGAGGUAACGCUGGUUGAUCAGAGCUGUAAGACCGUCGUCGUGACGUUGUGGGGCGCGCUGGCCACCGAAGUAGGGAAAGACUUGCAAGAGCGCGCAGCGGCCGCCGCCGAUGCCGCGGACGCGCCGGUGCUGGCGGUGAAGGCGCUUCGCGUGGGAGGAUUCCAGGGCGUCUCCCUCUCGACUGUCAACCAUUCAAAUCUGCAGAUCGACCCCGAGGGUGUGGACUUGGAAGAGGCGAGAGCUCUCCGUGAUUGGUGGAGGGAUGGCGGGGGAAAAGACAUGCCCAAGACCUCUGCCGGAGCCGGGUUGAUUGCCAGCGGGACUGGGCGUGGAGGCAUGAGUAAUGAGCGCUCCAACUUGGCCAACAUCACCAGGGAGAAUGUCGGCAUGGAGAAGAGUGAGUUCUUCGAUGUCAGAGCAUGUCUGAGCCUGAUUAAGCCUGAUCAGAAUAUGUGGUACAAUGCCUGCCCGUCGUGCAACCGAAAGGUCACGGGCGAUGGAGGCUCUUCUGGGAAGUACUGGUGCGAGCAGUGUCAGAAGUCAUAUAGUUCGCCGUCGAAGAGGUACGUGCUGGUCGCUAGCGCCGUCGACUCCUACGCAGAGGCGAAAGUCCUUCAAGUGUUCAACGACCAGGCGGAGCAGAUGAUCGGUAUGUCGGCCGACCAGCUGGCAGAGCUUCGGGAAGAAUCCGAGGGGUCGGCGGAUGCCUCGAAGACUAAGUACGCCCGGACGCUUAUCGCCGCCUGCUGGAAGCCGAUGAUAAUGACCAUCAGUGUGGCGUAUUCAGACUACAACGACACUAAAAGACAGAGACUGGUUUUGAGACGAAUCGCGCCAGUCAACUACGUGGACGAGUGCAGGCUCAUGCUCGCAGAGAUUAACAAGCACCUUUCUGGCCAUUGAUCACCUCCUUCUUUGUUUAUUUCCUUUCGUGUUUUUUUAGUUCUUCAACGGCAUGAAAUGCAAAUUUAAUCAGCGCGGGAAGGAAAGACCGCUUUGUUGGUUUUCCCUCUCUUUUUUUCUUUCCGCCCCCAUUGGGCUUGUCCUCUCCCGCCACUUUUUGGAGCAGAAAAGUGGUGCGAAUGGACUUCGCUUCUUCCUUCGCUCAAUCUUGUUAUUGAUUCCGAUCGCUUUCUUGUUCCUUCCUUCGAUUUCUCUGAGUAAGUACUCCAUUCUCUACGGAUCUGUUUGCCCUCCUCCUCUCGCACCCUUUCUUCUGCCAUUGUUUUAUUUCCUUAUUUCAUAUCAUAUGCUUGGAUGAAAGGUCGUGGGCGCGACCGGGAAGAGCUGCGGAUUGUGCGCCUUUCCUGCUCCGCGAUCGAGACCACGGAGAUUUAUUGUCUGAAAAAGGGAAACUAACGGAGAGCAGGGAGACCAACUUUGGAGUGCAUGUGCAGCAGCAGGUACUGACCGCCAAAUGCUCUGCUCUCCUUUUGGAGGGCUGUGGUUCAAAUCUAAAAGGCGCAUGCCACAAUCGUCUUGCUGUGAGUCGUGCAUCGUAGAUUGUGACGAGAAAGACUGGGAGGGGCAAUGGGCCUGGCUCUCGAGUGUCUGAGGAGAACGGUUUCAUGUAGGUCGUGCAUCGUAGAUUGUGACGAGAAAUACUCUUUUGUCUGAAAUAGUUGGUUCUCCAUCGAUUACGACGUGUCUGCAUGCCAGUUCCUGUGGUCGGGUAGCAUCUCCUGCAUGCUGGGAGGAUGCGCUUGUGUGAUUAGCUUUGGCUUGUGCGCUACAAUGCCUUAGGUGUUAUAAUUUCCGCCGAGGGAGGGGGGGAGGGAAUAAGCCGGGCCUUGUGAGGCCUGUAAGCCGCAUCUUGCGCUCUUUCCUCUUCAUCCCCGUCGAUUUUCGUGUAUUUCUUUGCUUUUUUUCUCUUUUCAACUCGGGAGUGAUUUAUCAUGGGGUGUAGGGUCUUAGUUUUUCUUGACCUCCUUUUUCAUUCCCCGUUGUUUGUCGUCAAGGAUGCCCAGGCGCGCGUCUAUCUUCUUCGCCUCGCAUCUCGCGCACUACUUCGGACGGUUCCUCCACCGUAACAGCUUCCGACUUGGUCGCGGUGGACGAGAGGAGUUUUACAGUAGACGUCAAGGCUGUUUGCGCUUGACAGACCUUUCUUUGAAUUACCCCUGCGAAACAGCGCGGUUUCAGGGAGUCGUUACGUUGAACAUUGUCGAUGUUUCCCUUUUUUUUUUUUUUUUUAAUACCGUUGGUGGUUGCGAACUCUAGGCUUUUCUUUCUUGUAAUAUGGAACUUCCUUUUUGAGCGCGGAUUGACAUGGAGUCUUGAUUCGUUCAUGGGAGGAGAGUUGUGCGGGCUCAUGCUGACAUGGAGUCUUGAUUCGUUCAUGGGAGGAGAGAGUUGUGCGGGCUCAUGCACUCGCGUGCGCAUGGGCAAACCAAGCACACGAACAGGCACUGAUUCAGAGAGAGAGAGAGAGAGAGAGAGAGAGAGAGAGAGAGAGAGAGAGAGAGAGAGAGAGAGAAAGAAGCUCUUUUUGUGGAGGGAGUGUGAUUCCGUGAGCACGAGUGUUCUUGUUGUAAAUGGUGGCCUUCUGGUUUUGGGUGUUCGUUGUUAUAAAUUGUUAUAAUUUGAGAAUU